GCUGUGUCCAAAAUAACAUUCCAGUCCACUGAGUGUACGGAGAAGAUACAUUCCAGCACGAGGUCUGUUCCUACACACUGCUCAGUAGGAAGUGUCUGUGGUUUGGGACACCUGGAGCCUGGAGCUCCUGACUAACCAGAAAAGCAGAACUGAAGUGUCUUCACACACACUUCACACACACACACACAUACACUCUUCACACACUCUCUUCACACUUACUGAAGACAGGUGGGAGAUUUUCUUUACACGAGGCUAGCAGAUUUCAAGGAGUGAACCUCUCUCACGAUGGGAGUUCAGGGACUUCACAGCUACAUCGAGAGCAAUAGUGAUUUCCUGAAGCCUCGCUGCUUUAGAGAAAGCAAACUCAUCAUGGACGGCUCCAGUUUGUACUACUCCCUGUACUUCAGGUCACAUCUGGACCAAGCACACGGCGGAGAUUAUGAAGGCUUUGAGAAAAUAGUUACGCUGUUUUUCAGAAAUCUCCGAAUCUGUGACAUUGAGCCCUAUGUGGUCCUCGAUGGAGGGGACGACGUCAGCGGCAAAAAAUUCGAGACCCUGAAGACGAGAUGCCAAGAAAGAAUCAAAAGAGCCAAUGCCUUGUCCAGGGGUCGGUCAGGAGAAAGGCUACCCAUUCUCACCAAAAAUGUCUUCAAGCAAAUCCUCCACAAACUUGGAAUUCCCUUCAUUCAGUGUCUGGCAGAGGCGGAUUGGGAAGUAGCCGCAUUAGCCAGUGAGUGGAACUGUCCUGUUCUGUCCAGCGACAGCGAUUUCUACAUCUUCAACAUCAAGAGCGGAUUUUUGCCCAUCCAGCAUUUCCAGUGGAGGAAAGUGGUCCAUAAACCCGCUGCCCAAAAAUUCAUCUCUGCCAAAUGGUUUGGUUUUAAGAAUCUCUGCGCUGCUUUUAACCGCAUGAAUAAAUAUAAUCUUUCACUUUUCGCCGUCAUCCUGGGCAACGACUACACCAAACUGGACAAAAGUGCAUUUCCAAAAUUCUCAAAGUUCUCAACAAGACCUGGAGGAACCGCCAAGGUGGAUGGCGUACUCGUGUGGUUAUCACAGUUCCCCGGCCCGAAAGAAGCCAUCGCUGCUCUCCUCAGCCCCCUGGGGAAGAACAAGAAAUCAAGCAGCAUUAGAAAAGCAAUAAAUCAGGGGAUGGCAGAGUACAGACUCGGUCCCAGCUCCAUUGGUCAGUUCUUCAUGAGCGGAGAACCCCAGACAGUUCCUUUAGGCCCUUUACAGAAGCUUCCUGACUGGACUCUGAGACCUCUGGCAGAAGGCAAGCUGGCUUCCACCAUCAUUGAUGUGGUGACACUGCAGAGGGUCAUGCUAAACACCCAGGUGGAGGACUUUGAGCUGAGAAGCAGCAGCGAGACGUCUCGGCUGAUACGACAGGUGAUGUACGGUGUACUGCUGUGUACCAGGUGGCAGGAAGUAGGGAAAGGCGGCAGGUCUUCUGGAGAGAAACAGCAGGCUGACGUGGAGGAGUACAGCAGGCAGGGAAUGACGCUGACCAGCUCCAUGGUUCCAGCGGUUCUACCAGGAAAUGUAGUGACACACCUUCAUCUGGACUCACUGUGGGAGACGCCUCAUCAGUUGCGUCUGCAGGUCUUGUUGGAGGCUCUUGGUGUGUCUCAGAUCUCAGACUCACUCCACGUCCCUGAAGGUCUGCAGCUCGCUGUGUACGUCACGUGCUUCUGGCUAAAACAUGCCAAGCCUGAGCCAAGAACAGAAAUGCUCUGGGCUUUACUGACCAGCCUGGUCUUUGGACACCUGAGCAGAGAAAAACAGGCUGAGAAAGACAUUAAACCAGUGAUUUCAAGGCUUAAAAAGUCACGGAGUCGUAAAGGGAAGAAGCCGGUGGAUCUGGAGAUAGCUCACGCUUUCUGUCAGUGGCAGUCCUGCCUGAACGACAGCUUCGUUCUGAACCAGCUGCUGAAUUGUCCAGUGCCGGAGCCGGAGUUAGCCAGGUUGUAUUGCGGUUCUUUGGUGCACGGUGUAACCCACACGCUGAAAAGAGGAAUGGAGCCCGAGUCUCUCCUCGCAGGAGGUCCGGUCACCAUCAGGCUUUACCAAAUCCUGCAGAGCGCUGUGGAGCGCGAGCUGGAUGAGGACUUGCUGACAAGGACGAGGACAAGGACGUGGCCGAGGGAGAGCCAGGUGGCGGUGGACGAACUGACCCGAGAGUUUAAACAUCUGAUGGAAGAAGAUAAGUGCAUGAAGAAAGACAAGGUGCUCGUGAAAACCUGCAGCAUCCGAACGAGACACAAAAGCAAACGUAGGACCACCGAUUUCAAGACCAAGAAGCAGGAGCAUGUGAGCUGGCAGUAAACUUAUGAAGGCGUUUUCUUUAAAAACAACCAGUUCUGCUUAAUUACAGCCAAUUACAGCCAAUUCUGCUUGUUUACAGAAUAAUCAGUGUCCUGCGCUAAUCUGGAGGAAAUGCUUUGGUUUUGAAGGAAUUGUAGUAGAUUUUAAUUUAAACUUCUGAAAUAAUAAAUCAGUAUAAAGACCUGAAGGUGUGCUGCACAUCUGCUCCAGAGGCUCGGAGAGAUUCAUUUAUUUAUUUAUUAUUUAAUGUCAAUGAAAUGUCAGAAAACUUGUGAAGCUCAUCAAGUCCUCGUGAAUAAAGUGUUACCAUAGAAACAAUCAAGUGUUCGAGCUACAGUCAGAGCUGCUGUUAAAGAUAACUGAUCUAUGCCUUCUGUCCAAUCAGAAUCCAGAAUUUUGAUGGUAUAAUAAAUUAAUUUCACAAAACUCAGGAAGUGUGUUAGGUCUAAAUUAAAGACGUUUCAUUCCAGCGGUCAUUCAUCACAUCCCGCUUGAGUAAUAACACAGUGUUGAUCUCCUGUAAACACUUCGAUGAAUAGAACAUAAACAAUAUUAUAAACUAAUAUCAUGGAUUCAGCAACGUUUUCUGAUGUCUCCUGAUUUAUCUGCUGCUCCUUGUUGGUGCCGUGACCCAGAUAUCACUCUCUAAUGGGUUACAGCAUUCUAUCAGAUUAUUACAUUGCCUAUCUGGAUUUAGAUUGAUUGUGUCUGGCAUUUGGCAGACGUCCUUAUCCAGAGGGAUUUACAAUUUUAUCUAAUUUUUUACAACUGAGGGUUAAGUGCUGCUAAUAUUAUGAACAGCAGCUACGCUAAUGCUGUUCCAUUGUUUCCCUUCUUCUACCCAUCCCGAGGCAUACAGAGACUGUGCUCCAGUGGCAUACGGAGAUGGACCAGCUCCAGCCGGGUUCUGCUUGUGAGGAUUGGGAUAUUCAAGCAGCGCCAUAGACAACAACCUCCUUAUUGAUUUACAUAACACUAUACACAUGCUGUAUCUGCAUCACACAAUUGUCACCCAAAUGAGGACGGGUUCCCUUUUGAGUCUGGUUCCUCUCAAGGUUUCUUCGUCUUACCAUCUAAGGGAGUUUUUCCUUGCCUCAGUCACCUCAGGCUUGCUCACUUGGGAUAACAUCUAGGACUGUCUGUCUGUCUGUCUGUUUAUAUGUUUGUUGUUUUCUUAUGUGGUUUCUCAUGUAAAGCUGCUUUGAGACAAUGCUCUUUGUUAAAAGCGCUAUACAAAUAAAUUGAAAUUGAAAUUGAAAUUAAGGGCCAUGCUCAGGGGCCCCAGCAGUGGCAGCUUGGUGGACCUGGGAUUCCCCUGGGAUCCCCUCCAUGGGUUUGAUGUUAAUGUAAGGAGUGAAUAGACAAGAUCCUGGACCAAAAACACCAACACCAAGCUUCUGUUAAAGAUUUGUAGAAAUUUUAAUGUACAAUCAUGUCGUGAAACAGCCAUCACAGAUCAUGAACUUCAAUUGUGCAGAACUGAAAAUAAAUUAAAUACAAUAUUUAAAAAAAAUUAAUAAUAAUAAUAAUAAUAAUAAUAAUAAUAAUAAUCCCCAAACUCCAUUUCAGCUGUGACCAGUUCAGGAAGAAGAAGGAAAAAAACAAAACAAUAAACACAUACACACUGACCCAAGGAAAUGAUGUAAAACAAAGUCACGAAUUCUUCAGUGAUUGGAGCAUAAGAACAAACACACCGCUGUAAAGAGGAAAGAAAUAACCACAUCAUAACAGACUGCAAAAAAUUCAGUGUAUCGUUCCUCAAUAUGAAGAAAGGUGUGUGGAGCUGGGUAGAGCUGCUCGCUGCGGUCAGCUAGGCAUCGCCAAUAAUCCCCUGACCACUGACCGCUGUUUACGGCGUCGACGGAAUGAACGGCUUCGUCUCUUUCUCAUCAGCGGGGGCUUUCGGGUUCGGACGCAGUGACCGCAGCUAUGUCGACUGAGUCUCUGAUGUUUACGGUGUUUCACUGGCUGCUUAAAUUUAUCACUCUGAUCAAAUAAAAAGCUUUUAGAACAUUACAGCUUUUAAAUAGGUUACUGAGAAUAUUCUUAAGUGUGAAAAAAAAAAAACUUCAACCCAGCAUGAACACGCUACAGUACUGCACACACA